GAGUGGCUGGCGUCGCUGUCUUUUGAUAACCCUGAUUGUCCUGACGUGCUGCUGACCAUGGGUGCAGUAAUUGUGGAAGAAAUUAGGGUGGCUGUAGAAGCAGCCACUGGAUUCAGGUGUUCAGCUGGGAUUUCGCACAACAAGACACUGGCAAAACUGGGCUGUGGGUUAAACAAGCCCAACCGCCAGACGCUAGUAUCUUCGCGGUUUGUCCCACAGCUCUUCAGCCGACUACCUGUUGGCAAUAUCCGUAACCUGGGAGGCAAGCUUGGCACUGCCAUCACAGACAUCCUGGGAGUAGAGUACAUUGGGCAGCUCACACAGUUCAGUGAGACAGAACUCCAGACUCACUUUGGAGACAAAACUGGGUCCUGGCUCUAUGACCUGUGCAGAGGAAUUGAAGAGGAACCUGUCAAAAACCGGUACCUGCCCCAGUCCAUUGGCUGUAGCAAGAACUUCCCUGGGAGGACAGCCCUGGCCACGCAGAAGGAGGUGCAACACUGGCUUCUGCAGCUGGCCUUGGAGCUGGAAUCCCGACUGAUCAAGGACAGAAGCCAGAACCACCGAGUGGCCAAGCAGCUGAUGGUGGUCAUCCGCAUGGAGGGAGACACCCGGGUGUCCCGCUUUUGCGCUCUGUCCCGCUACGAUGCCCAGAAGAUGUGCAGCGAUGCCUUUGCCCUCAUCCAAAACUGCAACAUGGCUGGGGCUCAGCAGGCGGCUUGGUCUCCACCGCUCAUAUCGGUACUUCUCUCGGCAAACAGGUUCUCAGAGCCUGCCACACUCCUCUCUGCAGGCAUCGCCACCUUCCUGACGAGUCAUAGCCAGCCUGAUGGCACUGCCACCACCAGCCAAAACACCACAUCUUCUAGCAGGCCCAGGGUCAAGUUCUUCAGGAGCCCAAGCAAAGAGCUUAGGCAGAAGCCAGCUAAUGCUAUCGAGUCAUUCUUCCAAAAGGCAGCAGAAAAGCAGCAGUCACAGAUGGUGGCGGCAACCAGCCUGCCCGCUGCUACCACUGCAGAGUCGCCUUCGCCUGUGCCUGGCUCCCCAGAGCACCAAGAGAGAGAAGGCGUUGGACUUGCAUCGGUGCAGUGUGACCUGGAGUCCCCUGUGAAGCAGACUCCUGGAGAUGGGAGCCCUACUUCUCCUUACAAGAGGCUUCCCUGUGAGAAGUUGCUGUGUGAUCCUACACAAACACCCUCAACUCCACCCAGCUCCAGGACCCCUCUGAAAUUAGAGCCAGAUAUAGAGGGAAACGAGCAGAAUUUGCCACCCUCUCCUGAGCUCGCCCUACUCCCUCCUGCCUCGCCAGAGGACCAGCAGCGCUGUGAGAAGUGCGACCAGCUUGUGCUGAUGUGGGAGUUCCCAGAGCACAUGGACUACCACUUUGCUCUGGAGCUGCAAAGCUCCUUCCUGGAGCCCAGCGCUCCUGUGGCUCCAGCAGCAGCUCCUAGUGUAAAGGCUGCAGCUUCCAGGUCUCCUGCCAAGGCAAAGAACAAGUCUAAGACUCCAGCAGGAUCUAGUACAAAACGACCCAGGGAAGGUGUGACAAGAACUUUAGAUUUUUUCUUUAAGCGCUUACCUCCUUAA